AUGUUGAAAGUAGAAAUCUUUGACCAACUCACAUUAGAUUCUGUGUUGGAAUCUAUAGCAAAGCGAUCCAAGUUAUCUAAUCCAUUGAUUGGUAUUACACAUGGUUCCUUGCAAGUUGAUAAUCCUUUAAUUCGGUAUAAGACAAAUGUUCCACGACCGCAGCAGACUAGUUAUGCUUUAUCAAUUAAAUCUCCAAAUGAUGACAAGGAUUCGAAAGUGCUAGUCAGACCACUGCCAGCUGCGAAUAUGGAUUUUGAUGUAAAAGUAACUGGAAACUCGGACGAAGAAUCAUCGGAAGGGAACAGUAUCAGUGACGAUCUUCAAGGUAUAAAUGGAAACGAAGUUUUCAACGAGUUUGGAGGGCAAACGAUUCCUAUAAGCCGCUGA